UUACAUUACAUGUUGUAAAAAACAACAAUAAUUGGAACCAGAAAACUGUCAGCAUUCUCUCUCAAACCCCGAAUCCUGAGAUCAGAGUCAAUAUGGCAACCACCUUUGCAACCGUCGCAGGACUCGGUGGCGCGUCACUGUCACCCGCCUCCUCACGUCUCACCUCAGAUUUUGUGAAAUCACCAGUGAGUGCGAGGAAUCCUUUGAGGCAAGCUGUGGCAAUGGGAAAUGGUGGGAGGGUGAAGUGCUUCGAGAGGAAUUGGCUGCGGACAGAUUUCAAUGUGAUCGGGUUUGGGUUGAUUGGUUGGAUAGCACCGUCAAGCAUACCGGCUAUCGACGGUAAAAGUCUAACAGGGCUUUUCUUUGAUAGCAUUGGAACUGAGCUUGCUCACUUCCCUUCUCCUCCUGCUCUUGAUUCACAGUUUUGGUUAUGGCUGGUUACGUGGCACCUGGGGCUGUUCAUUGUCCUCACUUUUGGGCAAAUUGGUUUCAAGGGAAGGACUGAUGAGUACUUUUGAAUUAAUCAACAUGUUAUUGUUUCAUGUAUAACAACUCUUGCUACCUUUUCCUUCUUACUAGGAAAUAUCUGUGUAAUAUCACCUUCAUGAUGUUGUAUAUUAUUAUUGUACUUGUCCCUCA